GUCCUCCUCAAUCACGGUUGGUAGAAAACAGCCUUAAACAUGAAGCUCGAAGUUGAAGUAAUAUGCAAAGAGAUGAUCAAACCAUCUUCUCCAACUCCUCAACAACUUCGUCAUUACCAACUCUCCUUACUCGAUCAACAAAUAAAUUCAGUUUAUAACCAUCUGGUCUUGUUCUACCCCACUAAAACCAAUGUCCAAACCCACAACAUUAACAUCCUCGAUCUUCACCACUUUAAGCUGUCCGUAUCCCAAGCCUUGACCCACUUCUAUCCCCUAGCGGGACGCAUUAAAGGCAACUCCUUCGUCGACUGCAACGACGAGGGUAUUCCCUUUAAUGAAGCCCAUGUCAAGUGCCGGCUUUCAGAUCUUUUACACGAUCCAGUCCCUGAUGAGCUCAAUAAGUUGUACCCGUUUCCUCUCGAUGUUGCUAAGGUAUUGCCCAUGGGAAUCCAGCUCAACACCUUCGAUUGUGGUGGAAUCGGGAUUGCUUUGUGUAUUUCUCACAAGAUCGGCGACGCCUUGUCGUAUUUUACGUUUCUGAAUACUUGGGCAGCCAUUGCUCGUGGGGAUACGAAGAACGUGGUUUUGCCUGAGUUCGUAUCGGCCAAGCUUUUUCCUCCGCGGAACAUAUCCCUGCCAGAACCAGCGUUGGAAACAAGUGAAAAGAACAUAGCGACGAAAAGGGUGGUGUUUAGUGCAUCUAAAAUAGAGGAAAUCAGAGCGAAAUACGCUGCUGAUCAUGAAAGACGCCCUUCCCGUGUUGAGGCUUUGUCAGCUUACAUAUGGAGUCGUUUCAUUGCUUCCACUAAGAAAAAACCAAGCCCUAAUGUGAUGAUUCACACAGUUAAUUUACGUACAAAAUUUGAGCCGCCGCUAUCAGCUCAGUCUUUUGGGAACAUUUUUCGAGUUGCCAUAACAGUUCCUUCCAUGGACGAUGGGUCUAAUCUUGUUAGCCAAAUAAGGAACUCCAUUAGAAAAAUCGACAACGAUUACGUGAGGAAACUUCAGGCUGGUGAGGAUUUAUUCGAGCCAACGAACCAAGGGGAUGAAAAGGGAGAGACGACCCCAUUUAUUUUCACUAGUUUAUGCAGGUUUCCACUAUACGAUGCUGAUUUUGGUUGGGGAAAACCAGUAUGGGUCAGUUCUGCAAGGUUGAACGCAAAGAAUCUGGUUGUUUUCAUGGAUACUGCAACUGGUGAUGGCAUAGAAGCUUGGAUUAAUCUGAAGGAGGAAGACAUGGCUGAAUUUGGAAGUGAUGAAGAAUUGCUUGCAACACUUAAAAGCUGUUGAAAUAAGAUAAUUCUCCAUUAAAGGAGAACUGCCAUACAAGAUAAAUUUACUCAUGUUUGAGAGGUUUCUCUGUAUUAUAUGAAAGACAAUAAUCUGAAUAAAACACUGUUUUUGGUUUGGGUCGAUA